AGCGCCCCCCUCCCUCAUCGCCUCUGGACCGGUCACCUCCACACCACCCUCACCCUUCACCCUGCCCCAUGGGACCGGCAUCGCGCUGAUCGGGCACCCAGCCGGCUCUGAGGGACCGGCCCCGCACCGAUCGGGCCCCCAGCCCGCACCGAUCGGGCCCCCAGCCCGCACUGAGGGUCAGGACUGCCCUCGGCCCCCCAUCACCCCACCAAGGCUGGUGCCAGCUGUCCUGGGUCUCAGCACCCCCACAAUUGUCACCCGGGGGUCCUGCACCCCCCAAGCCCCACCAGGGCCAUCUCAGGGCUUUGUCCCCGCAGCGCUGGUGGGACGUGACCCGGUGCCGGUUUCAGUGUGGCCGUUCUUAGCCUCUGCCCUUUCGAGGCUGUAACACGACCUGUCAACGGCCACGGGCUCCUCUGGCCACGGGAUGUCCCGUCCCUGCACCCCGUCCAGCCGGUUUGGGGUGACGCACUGUGGCCAAGCAGGGCGGGUGCUGCGGGGCUGGGUGUGGGCAGGCAGGGUGGCCAAACAUCCCCCCGAGGUUUUGGGGGUGCASUGGGGUGCUGCAACGCCCUCCUUAGGACACCCCCCUAAAGCAGUCUGUGUGGAGCUGGGGGUGCUGUCCCCGUCACUUGGUGUCCUGGUGGCACUGGGCAUCCCAAACGGGUUUCCGGCUGUCGGGCAGCACCCCGGGCAUUGGGAUGUGGGCAGGGCAGGGGAGGAAGCCGGCAGCGUCACCACGCGUCACCCGGCAUGGGGAAGCCCUCACCGCAUCCGGAUGCGGAGGGUGACUGCUGAGAACCAGCCUUAAGUGCUUCUGUGCCUGGACCACGGCAGCAUGUCAGCCGGUCCAGGAACUGAUGCUGGGGCCCAGGAACUGCUGGGCUUGUGCCAGGUGCUCGAGGUGGCCAAGCUGAGCCUGCCACAGCCCCUGCUAGCCCUGCGGGGUGAGAAGCCGGCCACAGGGAUGGAUGAGGCCAGUCCCUGCCUGCAGUGGAGCCGUGGACAAUGACCACCUCCGGGACACCACGUGGCAGUGGGAUUCCAGCCCCAUGGCCAAGGUGCCAUGGGGUCUUUGUGCUCAGAUGUGUCCAGACAUCCCAACCUGCCCAGAAAAGCUCAAGCAGCACAAAAUCAUCUUUGUAGUGGGUGGCCCCGGUUCAGGGAAAGGGACGCAAUGUGAGAAGAUCGUGCAGAAGUAUGGCUACACCCACCUGUCCACGGGGGACCUGCUGCGGGCAGAGGUCAGCUCRGGCUCGGAGCGGGGCAAGAAGCUGCAGGCCAUCAUGGAGAAGGGAGAGCUGGUGCCCCUGGACACGGUGCUGGACAUGCUGCGGGACGCCAUGGUGGCCAAAGCAGAYGUGUCCAAAGGAUUCCUGAUUGAUGGAUACCCCCGGGAAGUGAAGCAGGGAGAGGAGUUUGAAAAAAAGAUCGCCCCCCCCACGCUGCUGCUCUACGUGGAUGCGGGGAAGGACACGAUGGUGAAGCGCCUGYUGAAGCGGGGUGAGACCAGCGGGAGGGUGGAUGACAACGAGGAGACCAUCAAGAAGCGUCUGGACACCUACUACAAGGCCACAGAGCCCGUCAUUGCCUUCUACAAGAGCAGAGGCAUCGUCCGCCAGCUCAACGCCGAGGGCUCCGUGGACGAGGUUUUCCAGCAGGUCUGCACCCACCUCGACUGCCUGUAACCAAACCCCCAGCCCCACUCCCCCAGCGCACUCCAGCAGAGACAGCGGAAGCGGCUUUAUCCUGUUUUCGUGGACGGAGCCGUGCGGAGGAAAUUUCAAGGACAUUGUGUUUGGCUCUUUCCCGUCUCUCCCCAGUAAAGUUCACUUUAAUGAAUCCA